UUUAGGAGAUGGAGAAACUAAGGGAUGAGGGACCAUGUGACAACUAAAGAGAGAGUGUCAGUAAGAAUCUUAUCAAUGUCUUGUUAUUGGACAAAUUAGCAGGUAUGCCGGGCCUAGAGACCCUAGAACUCUGAAUCAGGUGGGAGGAAGGGAAGAUGGGAAAAGUGCUGGAAAGCAGAAUCCCAGAAGGACCUAAAUGGGCCUCAAUAGAAUAAUCUUAUCUAAAGGCAAGGGCCAAGUUGUCCAUAAACGAGCCCUAGGACUGGCCAGCCAGAUGAAAAACAGGCCAAUGGAGCUUACAUGCUAACUUUCUGCAUUUGGUGCUAUGACCCAACUCAUCUCCCCAUUCCUGCAGAGAAACCUGGGACCAUGAGGAGCAGCCUGACACUGGUGGGGACCCUCUGGGCCUUCCUGUCUCUUGUUACUGCUGUGGCCAGUUCUACCAGUUACUUCCUGCCUUACUGGCUCUUUGGAUCCCAGCUGGGGAAGCCUGUGUCAUUCAGCACAUUCCGGAGGUGCAACUACCCUGUGCGGGGAGAGGGGCACAGUCUGAUCAUGGUGGAAGAGUGCGGGCGCUAUGCCAGCUUCAGUGCCAUUCCAAGCCUGGCCUGGCAGAUGUGCACGGUGGUGACAGGUGCCGGCUGUGCUCUGCUGCUCCUUGUGGCACUAGCUGCUGUCCUGGGCUGCUGCAUGGAGGAGCUCAUCUCCAGAAUGACAGGACGUUGCAUGGGAGCAGCACAGUUCGUGGGAGGGCUGCUGAUAAGCUCAGGCUGUGCAUUAUACCCCUUAGGAUGGAAUAGCCCGGAGAUAAUGCAAACAUGUGGGAAUGUCUCCAAUCAAUUUCGGUUAGGUACCUGUCGGCUUGGCUGGGCCUAUUACUGUGCUGGAGGUGGAGCAGCUGCAGCCAUGUUGAUCUGCACCUGGCUCUCUUGCUUUGCUGGAAGAAACCCCAAGCCUGUCAUGCUGGCGGAGAGCAUCAUGAGGAACACCAAUUCUUACACCAUGGAGCUUGACCACUGCCUCAAACCUUGAGUUUUGGCAGAAGAUUGGAGAGGGUGGGAAAGAGAAGGGAAGAGGGCCUUAAAAAGAGGCACUAAGACUAGGCCACUUGCUACCUGCCUGCUAGUAGUGUAGCCUCAUGUUUGCAUGCUUUUUAAAUCACCAGUCAUUCAUUUUCACUUUCCCUUAAGCCAUUGGGUCAGUGGCUAUUUACAAAAUUCAUCAAGAGCAAUGAUUCUCUCAAACAUUCACCCAGCUGGUGAGUACCCACUAGCCCUCAAGUCCCAAAGUGUUCCUUUGUGCAAAGUAAGGAGAAGACCUCACCUGAAACGUAACUUCACAAUCAAGCAGAUCUUCAGAGAUCUACAGCUCCUGUCUAUCACUUAAAUGUUGUUUAAGAACACAUGUGCAAGGAAGGACCAGGAGAUGGACAGGGCUGGUUCCUACCACUCCAUGCAUAUGGCCCUCCCCCUGGUAUUUAUUGCCAUCUCCAAACAUCUAUGGAGUCCCAUUGCUCAAAAUUUUGUGACUUUCUCAGGACUAUACCUUGACUCUUCCUAUUUUCUCCUGCUUCUUUUCCUUUCCAGUUGUGCGGAAGCUUGUGGGGAGGGUGACUCCCAAUGGGGAAAAUACUAAUCAAGGAUGACUGCAUAUAGUCUAAGACCCCUUCCUUAUUAUGCUUUAGAAUAUUUGUAAGAGUUCAUUUUGUGUUUUGGCUGGGUGACUGGCAUCAAAAUAGUGGCAAGUAUUCCCUAGUCCCUUAUAGAUACAGAAAUGGUGUUCAUCCAAUGUUCUGAGCAGAGACUAGCAUUUGUUGUACAUUCAAUAAACAUGACUUCACAAUGAUGAUGA